AUAGACGGCAUAAAAGCACCUAUGCACUUUGUCAUUUUUCUAAAAAAAACUUAAAUAUAAGCACCAAAAGAGCAUUUCACAUUAUAUUCAUCUCAACUUUUUUCUUACCCUUUGUUAACAUUUUGCCAAGCCAAAAGAUGGAAAUAAAGAACAAGUAUGUAACUAUAAAAAACAGCAUAAAUGGUGCACCAAAAGAGUCAGACUUUGAGAUAAAAGUCGAAAACGUCUCACUUAUCAUUGAGUCUGAGUCUGAGUCUGAGUCUAAGGAUGUUGUUGUGAAGAACCUGUUUGUUUCAAUUGAUCCAUAUCAUAUAAACAGAAUGAAGAGCCAAAGUUCGUCACAAGGAACCAUAAGUUUUGCAACUGCUAUAACUCCUGGUGAGUCCAUUGAUAGUUAUGGUGUAGGAAGAGUUUUGUUCUCGCAUCGACCUGAUUUCAAGAAAGGUGAUUUGGUAGCAGGGAUACUUACCUGGGGAGAGUAUAGUAUAGUAAAAGAAGGUUCAUUAUUGAAUAAGUUGGAUCCUAAUAUGGGAUUUCCGUUGUCUUACCAUGUCGGAAUUUUUGGAUUCAGUGGACUAUCUGCCUAUGCUGGAUUCUUCGAGGUGUGUAAACCGAAGCCAGGGGAGAAAGUUUUCGUGUCUGCUGCUUCAGGUUCGAUAGGGCAUUUAGUAGGACAGUAUGCUAAAUUACUUGGAUGUUAUGUUGUUGGCUCUGUUGGUAGUCAAGAAAAGGUAAAUUUUCUUAAGGGAAGACUUGGAUUCGACGAUGCAUUCAAUUAUAAACAAGAAACUGACCUUAAAUUAGCUCUGAAAAGGUGUUUCCCUCAAGGGAUUGAUGUCUACUUCGACAACGUGGGAGGCAGGAUGUUAGAAGCAGCAGUGGCAAACAUGAACAUAUUCGGUAGAGUAGCUGUCUGUGGGGUUAUAUCUGAGUACACAAAUGCUACAACACGAGCUGCUCCAGAGAUGUUGGAUAUAGUCUACAAAAGGAUUACCAUCAAAGGAUUCCUAGCAGCUGAUUUCAUGAAUAUGUAUGCUGAGAUCCUGUCGAAAACAGUUGAGUACGUCAAAGAUGGAAAACUCAAGACCGUUGAAGAUAUCUCACAAGGCGUUGAAAGCAUUCCCUCUGCUUUCAUUGGACUGUUCAAUGGCGAAAAUAUAGGCAAAAAGAUUGUCAAAGUUGCAGAUGAGUGAAAAAAUACAAAGAUACAUGAUUGUUGGCAUAUGAAUUAAUAAGUCAAGAACUUGCUUACUUCUGCUAUAUUACCAAACAAUAUCUUACCUGUGCUUCUUUCAAGUUCUAAUCCAUUUGAUGCUCUUAAUCGAUGUGUAAGCUUUCUGGUAAUUCAAGUACUCGAAAAGUCUGUA